AUGCCGUUUCGCGGCACAUUUCCUCCGCCGUUUGAUAAUAACCCUCGUAAAUGGGAAGAAAAAAAUUUAAAUUCAUCUAUAGAUAUUUGGGAACUUUAUGCUGGUCCUUUUCGAGUUAUAGUUCCCGGCAACGCGAAUUAUGUCGAUAAAAUUUAUUUAUCUUAUAAUGAGUCAAAAAGUUUAUCUAAGGAAUCAAAGUUUUCUAAACGUGGCAUGGCCGCUUAUGAUGAGAUUGGAAUAGCAAAUGGAAUAAUAUUUAAUAAUGAUACUCAUAAAUGGAAACGAAAUCGGCAAUUUGUCACAAAAGUUUUAAUGUCAAAAAAAUACCAGAUUGGAUUUAUAAGUAGUUGUCAAAAGAUAUUUAAGGAACUUGAAGAACAAUUGAAUAAAAAUGAUGUUACAACCUUGGAUUUUUCCGAGUGGGUAUCUUGGUAUAAAGCAAAAGAAACAAUCACCACUGUCAUUGGGCAACCAUUAUAUGACUUGCCAUCAUUUGAUUCAAUUUCCAAAGCUGCUGCUCAAUACGUUGGAAUGUUUGCUUUCUUAAUGCUUGUACCAAAGAUUAUUAGCAGUAUUUUUAUGCGGUUUGGUUUUAAUUCUAUGAAAAAGAAAUCUGUUUUCUUGAAUGGUACAAUCCGUAAUAUUAUUAAAAAACGUAGGGAUGAAAUUAAAAAUGGAUCGACGACAAAUUUUAAUUUAUUAGACCUAUUGUUGAUUAUUAAUUCAUCAAAUUAUUCUGAAGAAUAUAUUGAGGGCGAACAACCUAUGAAUGAUGAAGAAAUUGAAGCUAAUCUUGCUGAAGUCACUUCUGUUUCUAUUGAGACGACCACCUCUGCCAUUUGUUUUCUUGUCUUUAAUGUUGCUAAAAAUCCUUUAAUUCUUGAAAAACUUCGUGCUGAAAUCUUUAAAGUAUUUGGCUCAGAUACAACCUUACCAAUUACCUACGAAGCUCUUGAAAGUUGUCGCUAUUUAGAUGCUUUGAUCAAAGAAACGUUACGUCAUUCGAAUCCGGGUCCAUUUAUUUUACGUGUGCUUGACGGUUAUGAAAGUGUAGGUGGUUAUCAUUGGUCACCUGGAACAUGGUUCUUUGUUGAUAAUCACCGAAUAAUGAAUAAUCCUAAAUAUUGGAAUGAACCAAUGAAAUUUAAUCCCGAUCGAUUUCUCAGUGAAGAACACGGAGGCACCG